GCACUGCGGCUGCUCGCCCACCUGACAGUACUUACUCACCCGGACCACGUUGACGGCCGCAGGGAGAGGCUGCAGAAAAACCCACAACCAGCUAAGAAAAGUCUUCUGUUUGAGGUCAUUUGCACUGAGAUUUUACAAUGCGUGAAUGCAUCUCCAUCCACGUGGGCCAGGCCGGUGUUCAGAUGGGGAACACCUGCUGGGAGCUCUACUGUCUCGAGCACGGCAUCCAGCCAGACGGUCAGAUGCCGAGCAAAAAGGCGAUCGGUGGCCACGAUGACUCCUUCACAACCUUCUUCAGUGAGACUGGAUCUGGGAAAUACGUCCCACGGGCAAUCUUUGUUGACCUGGAGCCGACUGUCAUUGAUGAAGUCCGAACAGGAACCUACCGUCAACUCUUUCACCCUGAACAGCUGAUUUCAGGAAAGGAGGAUGCGGCAAACAACUAUGCCCGAGGUCACUACACCAUCGGCAGAGAGAUCAUUGACUCUGUCCUGGACAGGAUCCGCAAACUGGCUGAUCAGUGCACCGGUCUCCAAGGCUUCUUGGUUUUCCACUCCUUUGGUGGAGGAACCGGCUCUGGUUUCACCUCCCUGUUGAUGGAGAGACUCUCUGUUGAUUAUGGGAAGAAGUCUAAGCUUGAGUUUGCCAUCUACCCGGCACCUCAGGUGUCCACAGCAGUGGUGGAGCCUUACAACUCCAUCCUGACCACCCACACCACCCUGGAGCACUCUGACUGUGCUUUCAUGGUGGACAAUGAAGCCAUCUAUGACAUCUGCCGCAGGAACCUGGACAUCGAACGCCCAUCCUACACCAAUCUCAACCGCCUUAUCAGCCAGAUCGUCUCAUCCAUCACAGCCUCACUCCGCUUUGAUGGAGCCCUGAAUGUUGACCUGACAGAGUUCCAGACCAACUUGGUGCCUUACCCUCGUAUCCACUUCCCUCUUGCCACCUACGCGCCCGUCAUUUCAGCCGAGAAAGCGUACCACGAGCAGCUGUCUGUGGCCGAGAUCACAAACGCCUGCUUCGAGCCAGCCAAUCAGAUGGUGAAGUGUGACCCGCGUCACGGCAAGUACAUGGCCUGCUGUCUGCUGUACCGUGGUGACGUGGUGCCCAAAGAUGUCAAUGUAGCCAUUGCUGCUAUCAAGACCAAACGCUCCAUUCAGUUUGUGGACUGGUGUCCCACAGGCUUCAAGGUGGGUAUCAACUACCAGCCUCCAACUGUGGUUCCUGGAGGAGACCUGGCCAAGGUGCAGAGAGCUGUGUGCAUGCUGAGCAACACCACAGCCAUCGCUGAGGCCUGGGCCCGACUGGACCACAAGUUUGACCUCAUGUACGCCAAGAGGGCCUUCGUCCACUGGUAUGUUGGAGAGGGCAUGGAGGAAGGAGAGUUCUCCGAGGCAAGAGAAGACAUGGCUGCCCUGGAGAAGGAUUAUGAGGAGGUGGGGAUUGAUUCAUUUGAAGAAGAUGAGGAAGGUGAAGAAUAUUAAAGGGGCUGUGUUGUUAUUUUCAGGGAAAACAUUAAUCUUAGCUACUACAGUAUUUAUUUAGAAAAACAACCUCCAUUUGGUAUGCUCGUUUCAAAUUCAGAGAUAUGCUUUUCUUUUAACUUUUUAAGUUUGCCAUGAAUGUAGGGUCUUAAGUUGUGUUUUUAUUCCCUUCAGAAUUCUUUCUUUGGCCGGUUUGGGUGUCUUCUUGUUUUUGUAUUAAAAUUAUAAAUUUCAGUGGCCUGAAUUUGCUUCGUGGUGUUGCUCAAUAAAUCCUAUAAAAUAUA